AUGUUUGAUAAAGAUUUGAAUCAAUCCCUUCAAAAAUUAAACAUAAAAACGAGAAAAUUUGAAAUACACAAAAAUAAGAAAAAUGCAAAAAUAGAUAUCACCGAAAAUGAGAUCCUCCAAAAAAUGCUCGCAAACAAUGGACCAAAAAAGGCAGAUAAAGUAAAGGAAGAGAACAAGCUAGCCAAGCCAAACAAAGUAAAUGAAACGAAGAAGCUAGCUAUGCCAAACAAAGUAAAGGAGACGAAGAAGCUAGCUAAGCCAAAUAAAGUAAAGGAGACGAAUGAAACGAAUGAAACAAAGGCUCCUCCCAAUUACGACCAAAGCACAAGUGACGAAAUUGCAAACAAGUUAGACAUACGAAAAAUAUUAAAAAUUGGAAAAAGUAUAGAUGGGUUUCGAAAGGAGAUUGAAAUUAAAAAUGAUGUCCCAGCAGAGUUUGAAAGUCAGGCAAAAAGGUUGAACUUGUUCAGUACCAUCGUCGAUUUUAAUGCAAAUGCAAAGGGGGAAGUAGAGAAGGAAGCAGAGAAGGAAGUAGAAGAUGAAGAAGAGAAGGAAGAAGCGAAGGAAGAAAUAGCCAAAGCAGACACGUUUAAGGAUAUCGGCAUUUAUGAUAACUUCAUCAACGUAUAUUUGAAGUAUAACAAUAUAGAUAAUCCAACAUUUUACCAAAAAAAAAUAAUCCCAAUGAUCAUGUAUUUCUUAAAUAAUGCAUCCUAUGAUUUGAUGAGGUGCACAAAUAAAAGUUCUAAUGAAGAAAAUGUUCAGACACAAGAUAAUAAGAUGGCAAAACAAAUAAUAUAUAUUAAUAAAUAUAAUAAUGCUAGUAAAAAUUUGAUAAGAACUUUUUUUUUACAUUGUCCAACGGGAACUGGAAAAACUUUUAUGUAUUUACUUCCAAUUUUUCAACAAAUUACUAAUUUAAAACUUUCUGAAAAUGUUAAUAAUAAUGAAGAAAAGAAAAAUGAAAUAUUUUACAAAACCAAAAAAAUAAAUGAUACAACUUCCUAUUGUUGUUCUGAUCAAGUAAACACUAACUUUAUCGAUAAAAAUUAUGAAAUUCUUAAAAAUAAUAUUUUAAAUUAUGUACUUAAUGAGGAAGGCAACAAAUCGGUCCCUAACAAUAGCAAUAAAAAUGAACAAACAAAAGUAAAACAAAAUGAUAUCCUCAUUUUGACAUACAAUAAAGAGGUGGCUGUACAAAUCUAUGAGCUGUAUAAAGACAUAAUUAAUUCAUUUUAUAAAUCAUAUGCUUCUAAAUUUUUUGAAAUAAAUAAAUCUCUAACACAAUUUGAUUAUAUCACUGAGGAACAACAAGAGUAUCUUGAAAAAAUAAACAUUCUUUAUAAAAAUAAAAUAAAUAUGAAUGUCCAUUUAUUAAUAGGUGGAAAUAAUAUAAAAUAUCAGUUAAAAAAUUUACGAAAACCUAAAAUUAAUAUAACAAAAGAAAGUGAAGAAAAUAAUAAUGAUGUUAUAAAUAUAAAUAUUUAUGUUGGAACUCCGGGAAGAGUACACACUAUAAUAAAUGAAAAAAAAACGAUAACCCUUGAAAAUGUUCAUACUAUUAUUUUUGAUGAAUAUGAUUUCUUUUUUAGCAAGUUCGAAAGGGACAAAGUUCAAAAAGAAGAACCCAAGAACAACGUUGAAAAGGGAGAAGCCAAGAACAACGUUAAAAAGGACAAAGACAAGAACAAAGUUGAGUUGGAAAAUGCAUUUUUCUCGCAAAUAUUAAAAAGUAUUUACACAAAAAAAACGAAAAAAAAAAACCCAUCAAUUACCAACGUGAUAUGUUGUAGUGCAACAUCGGCUAUAUACCCAUAUCUCCUAUACACCAAACAUUUUAUUUCAGAAAGACUUUUAACUAGCCUUUUAGGUAAAGAUGUAAAACAAGAAGAUCCAAUCGAACAACCAACUGAUCCAUCCCCAAUAAAUUAUGAAAAAGAAGAAAAAAUAAUAAACUCAUUAUUUAAAAUUGAGGAAACAAUCAAAGUCCCUAAAAAUUUAAUACACUUUAAUUAUUGUUAUAAUAAAAAAAGUCAAAUCAAAAACAACAAUGCAAUGUCUAAUUUUUUAAAAAUCCUUUUUUCCAAUCCUCUCAACAAAAAUGUUUUAGUGUUCUGUAACACAAAGAAACGAGUCAUGGACCUAUGGAGUUUAUUUAGAAACAAAUUUGAUGUUGAUAUACAAACAAUUUUUUCUAGAAAUGAAAAAAAAAAAAAAAAAAUAUUUAAAGAUAUUAAUUAUGCAAACUUUUCUAAAAAUGAUUUAAUCAAUUAUAAAAAUUUAAAAAAAUAUGUCAACUUUUUAUUUAUAUCAACUAAUUUGUUAUAUAGAGGAAUUAAUUGUAUUGGCUUUACGACCAUCAUCAAUUUUGACAUGCCUCUAAAUAACACUGAGUAUGUGCAUAGGUGUGGACGAAUAGGCAGAGUAAACAACAAGGGCGCUAUAUUUAACAUCUUUGAACAACAUGAUAAAAAAACAUACAUGAAACAAAUAUUUAAUAAAAUAAAUAUUAAGCCAUUUGAUAUAGAUUGCUAUAUGAAUAAUAUUUUUACUUUAAAAAAUAGAUAG